UUCACACUGUGAGGAGGAGGAAUGAUGACUGUAUUUCCAGAUCAUCUUUCUCCAUCGCCACCACCCUCUCCCUCUCUCAAAAAUCAAAUUUCAAACGUAAAUCCCUCAAUUCCAUAGUUAACUAAUUCCAUGUAUAUAUUACAUAGCAUUUUUUGUUACGGAUUAAUUCUUCAUCGUCAAAGGAAAAAAACCAACAAUUUCGUCCAAUGAUUCGUCUUUUCCCCACCACCCCAUGUAGUCCAUACAUGUUCUUAUUCUGUUCUCUUAAACUUCUGUCAGAACCCACUUCCCUUUUUUUGUCCUACUUCUACUCCCUUUCCACCUCAAUUCUUGGAUUUUCUUUUGCUCCUUGAAUCUCCUUUUUCACAGUUUAGGUGCUAUGUUCUUGAUCUUUAUGCCGCGUCGUCUAUUUCAAACUCAUAUUUCUCCUCUUCAUCCGAAUUUUCAUGUAUAAAUAGUUAAAAUAAUAAUAAUAAUGCCCUUUUCACUCUCUUUGGUUUUCUUUUUCUAGGUUUUUCCUGUUAUAAUGAUAUUUUCUCUUCAUUGUAUCAACUUCAGUACCACUUAUAUUGCUAUCGCUUUUAUAAUUAAUUAAACCCCCUUUCUUUGACACUCAAUUUCCCCACAAAAAGUCUGGUUAAAUUUGAGCAAUUUCAGUGAUAUGGCUUAUCAACAGCAUCCGCCGCUCCCGGGUCCAAACUCAGGUUCGGGUCCGGGGGGACUUCUGUACAUGAAUUCUCCAUAUGUGGAUACCACUCUCACUAAGGUUUUUGUUGGAGGAUUAGCCUGGGAAACGCAAAGUGAGAUUUUGAGGCAGCAUUUUGAGCAGUUUGGGGAGAUUCUUGAAGCCGUAGUCAUUACUGAUAAGAACACAGGCCGAUCCAAAGGAUACGGUUUUGUGACUUUCUGGGACCCCGAGUCAGCUAGAAGAGCAUGUGCUGAUCCAACUCCAAUCAUUGAUGGAAGGCGAGCAAAUUGUAAUUUGGCCUCCCUGGGGCGACCUCGGCCAGCACUUCCUUUUGGACGGUUCAGAUCACCAGCACCUUACCUUGGAGGUCAACCAGCUGCUAGGGGUACUUAUAUAGGAAAUUUUGGCUACCAACAGCCGGUUACAUAUGGCUACCAACAAGGCUUGGUGUAUUCUCCCUACGGGUAUGCUGCAUACAGUCCAGAAUAUUCUUAUCAUCAGGGUGUUUAUAAUCCUUAUGGAAGUCAGCAUUACCUUCACAUAUAUGGUGUACCUAGAACAGUCAACACAAGUACGCAUCCUUACAGCCAGUUGAGCCCAGGAAGUCAUAGUUAUUCGGCAUUGCCAGGAUAUGCAAUGACUGGGAACCAGAUCAUGCAGUUUGGUGGGACCAGUGUCAAUGCAGUGACAACUACAUCUGUUCCAACUAUUCCAACACCAUUCCCUGGUGUCCCAGCACAUAUUCCACCGCAAUCUCAGUUCAUGCUACCUGCUCAUUCUCCUCAAUUCAUGCAAGGUAGCGGUCCUGACCCAAAUUCUGGUUGAGGUCUUGAUCUAGACUGCAGCGGGACUAAGAACAGCAGUACUGCUACUUGAGUGGUGGGCUUCAAAUCUAGCCUUGCAAAUUAUUCAUUUUGCAUUCUAGAGGUCUUGCAUUGUCAUGCUCACCAGAGAAGUCAAUGUCUGAGAGAGGAAAUGGAACGUGUGAAUGGCACUUCAUUCACUUCACUGUAUCUAAAUUCUCAUACUCUGCUGGUCUAAUGGAUGACCGGCAAAGAUUCAGAGACUAAUGGUGGCCAGAAUUGUUUUCUGGCACCCAUGUCCCAUGUAAAAAGGCCAUUGUAGAAUCAACAUAUGAUUCUUUUGGAGACCAAUUCCCCGCAUUUUGGGUGUGUAGAUAAUCUCUGGUCUGUGUGUUGCAUCCUAUAUUUUAUUUGAAAAGUUGGGUCAGCAUUUUCUGCAUUACAGUUUUUGGGCUUUUAUUGGAUUCUAAUACUGUAAUAUGGAUUAUUUUAGAGCUUGGGUUCAAAUUAUGAAAGAAGCUCUAGGUUUAUAUAGAAAGAGUACUCUUUCUAUUGUGCACAAUCUAGAAUACAUGUA